AUGUCCGCUACAACUCUCUACGACCAGGGCCUCAAGGCAGCCGAACGCAAGGACUUUGCCGCCGCCGUGCCGCUGCUCACCCGCGCCAUCGAGGCCAGCGGCGCCACCCACCCCAACCCGGCCUGGCUGCUGACUCGUGCCCGGGCCGAGAUGGGCAUACAGGCCUACCAGGACGCCCUGGACGACGCCGACCGUGCGUACCAGAGCGCGCUGACGCGCCAGAGCGCACAAAGCGCCCGCUGGCUCGUGCAGGCGCAGUACCGGCGGGCCGUGGCGCUGGCGGCGCUGAAGCGGUAUGCCGACGCGGACGCGUGCUGCGUGUGGUCGCAGCAGCUGGCGGAGGGCAAGAAGUUCCGGUCGACGGGCGGCGGCAACGGCAACGACAACGACGGCCAAGACGACCCGGACGAUGUGCGGCGCAACGUGGACAGCGAGGGGCGGUACCAGGCGACGCCGGCGGACCUGCCCAAGACGCUGACACACAAUCCGGGCCACAGCGCAGGGAGCGCCACCGCCACGGCCGCCACGGCCGGCGGGGGCAACACGCUGGCGGGGGUGCUGGGGCAGGCGAACAGCAACGACAGCACAAAGGCCGACUGGACGCAGGCGUACAUGUGGCGGGGCGUGGUGCUGCGGGAGCUGCAGAAGCUGCCGCUGGAGGACCCGGGGCGCAAGAUUACGGUGUCGCGGGUGCCGGCGCUGCCCAAGAAGCGGGCGGCCAGCGCCACGGCGACGCCGACACCUUUAUCACCCGCCGUCGCAGCCACCACGACGACGCCCACGGCGUCUACUGCGUCCACCGCGCCCACGCCCACGCCCACGCCGUCCCCCCCCAAACUCCGUGUCGACAUGUACCAGACGCCGUCCACGGUCAACCUCACGCUGUACGCCAAGGGCGUCGAUGCCGCGGCGCUGCAGGUCACGGCGACCAGCGCCACACACAUCCAACUGGCGCGUCUGCCGGCGGCCGUGGCGGGCCCCGCGCAGACGGUGACGCUCGCACUGGCGGGGGCGAUUGCCGCGGACGCAGGGGCGGUGGAGACGCGGGUCACGCCGUACAAGAUUGAGCUCAAGGUGACCAAGGCGACGGCGGGCGAGAAAUGGGGCCACUGGGGCGAGCAGGCGAAUGUGGUGCCGGCGGAGACGGCAGCUCCAGCCACAGCCGCGGCGACAGCCACAACCACAACCACCGCCACGGCCACAGCCACGGCCACAUCCACAACAACCUCUGGCCCUGCGUACCCGACGAGCGCCAAGUCGGGCCCCAAGAACUGGGACAAGGUGGCCGACGACGACGACGACGACGCGGCCAAUGCCAACGUCGACGACUUCUUCAAGAAGCUGUACGCGGGCAGCACGCCCGAGCAGCAGCGGGCGAUGAUGAAGAGCUUCACAGAGAGCAACGGCACGUCGCUGAGCACGGACUGGUCGACGGUAGGCAAGGGGCCUGUGGCGGUGGUGCCGCCGGAUGGUGUGGAGGCGAAGAAGUGGUAG